AUGGGAGGCGAAAAGUCGGGGGAGAGGAGUCUCGCGGGGGAAGGGAGAAGCGACCGGCGCCGACGUGGAUUUUCAGUCUUUGUGGAUAAUGUCGGUAAGAGAGUAUCUCAGGCGACUUUAAGGGAUCUUUUCCAAGCAUAUGGAGUGGUUCUGGACGUGUAUAUCGCCUACUCGAAUCCAAGAAGGAAGCUGAAGAGUUCGACUUUUGCAUUCGUCAGAUACAAAAACAGGGAUGAUGCUUGCCAGGCAGUCACAAAGGGAGCUGGGAGAGUAAUAGAUGGGAGUCCUGUAAGGGUCUUUCUGAGCUACAAUAAUAGAGAAGCAACUCAAAGAUCGGAGAAAGUCAAGAAGGUGUGGAGACGGGUUUCAUCGCUGAGGGACAUCAGAACCUUCAAAGAAGUUGUCUGGGAAAGCCAAACCAAACUCUGA